AGCAUGGUUCAACUUCCCCCCUGGCAGCUUCUGGCUACGGGCCUCCUCAUUUUUCUUUUCCAAUCAGUUCUGGUCCAAAAUCAAGUUGACAAUAAAUGUCGAAACAUCUGUGGAGAAAAUGCUUUCUGUAAGAAUGUCUCUGGGAAUUACAGCUGCUCUUGCGAAAGAGGAUUUUGGACAGAAUCAAAUCAAAUGAAAACUUUCCUGAAUUCCAGUGUAGAUAAAUGUACAGGUUGCCAGAACUACUCACCAAAAGAAAAUGGUACAUGUAAGAACGGAUAUCAGAAGUGCCUAGCUGAUAGUAACAAAUGUUGUGUUCAUGCUGUCUGUCAACAGAACCACUGUGGAAAAUAUGGUAGAUGUGUGAGAGACUGUGAUGGCUUCUUCUGCAGAUGCAAACAAGGAUUUCACUUACCUAAUGGGGGAAGUGAGUUCGAAAGUGCAAAUGAAGAUAAUUGUACAGACAUUGAUGAGUGCAAGAGAAAUGUUUCCAUCUGUGGUCCCAACGGGAGCUGCAUUAACACUGAAGGAGAUUAUCACUGUAAAUGCAAGCAAGGAUAUGGAAAGAGCUUUAAAGAUGAUAGAAAGCUAUGCAGAGAUAUUAAUGAGUGUAAUGGAAGUGUUUGUGAUGAAACUGCUUUCUGCAGAAACACUGAAGGAAGUUAUUUAUGUUUGUGCCGGCCAGGAUUUUUCCAAUAUUCCAAUACUGUUCAGGAGAAUAAAACAAAGAUAAAAUGCAAAGAAUUCAACGUUCCCUUACCUUCAUGGAACAACUGUUCAGAUAAACAGAGUUUCCUUUGCAACAUUACUACUCAGCUGGGAAACCUCUUCAGUUCACCGCCAAUUCUGAGCAGCCAAAUGGAUUCGAAGAAGCAUUUGGGGGAAACACUGGACAAAUUGGACAAUCUGUUGAACUUGAUGGAGGCUGAGAAUAAGCAGCAGAGUCACCAGGUGGCCACCGAGGUAAUGCAAGUGAUGGAAACCUGGCUCAGGAUGUUUGCGUUGGCCCUACCCAAUGGAAACACCACAAUCAGGUCCAAAGCAGGCACAGAGCUGGCAAUGGAAAUCAGGACAGCAGGCAACACAAGCCAAGAUCUAGCGCAACUGUGGCUGAACGAAACACAGAUGGAUGUAAGCUGGGAAGCAGCAAGCAAGAAGGGAGAAGGCCCCAGUGUUGUUGGCCUCCUGUCUUACCAGAAUCUAGGGAGCAUCCUGUUGAGUGCAGAUAUUGAAGGAAAUGACUGGAAACAAGUAGGAAAAUCCAAACAAUUUAUGAAAGAGACCAGCAAGUCCAACUAUAAAGUGUUGUCCAAGGUGGUCUCUGCUUUUGUAGGCCAUAAUGAAACCGCUGCCCUGAGCAGUCCCGUCACAUUCUCCUUUAACCAUCCAAAACCAGAAUCAAAGCCUGAUGCAAAGGUGAUUUGUGCUUUCUGGAAGCCAACCGACAGAGGUGGACAUUGGUCUCAAAAAGGGUGCGAACGUCUGAACACCAGUACUGCCAACAGGACAUAUUGCCGCUGCAACCACAUGACCAGCUUUGCAGUCCUCAUGGCCUUCUAUGAUGUGGAGGAUUGGGGCCUGUCUGUCAUCACAAAGGUUGGGCUGGUUGUGUCUCUGAUCUGCCUAUUCUUCUCCAUCCUCACCUUCCUGUUCUGCCGUGCCAUCCAAGGUAUCCGCACCACCAUCCACCUCCACCUUUGCCUGUCCCUCUUUGCUGCCCAUGUCAUCUUCUUGGGCACUGGGAUAUCUAGCAAUACAAAGGCAUGCGCUGUAGUUGCUGGAUUGCUCCAUUAUUCCUUCCUCUGCGUCUUCUGCUGGAUGCUACUUGAGGGUGUGCAGCUCUACUUGAUGGUAGUUCAGGUCUUCAACACACAUAGCCUUAAACACUGGCACACCUUUCUUGUGGGAUAUGGAACCCCAGCUGUCUUGGUGGGCAUCUCUGCUGCCAUCAACAGCAAAGGAUACAGCAGCAGAAACUGCUGGCUUUCCAGGGAAAGUGGGUUCUUGUGGAGCUUCCUGGGACCUGUCUCCUUCAUCAUCGUGGUCAAUGCUGUUGUCUUUCUUAUUACUGUCUGGAGGCUUUCUGAGAAGUUUGCCGACAUUAACCCUGAUUUGACUAAAUUGAAAAAGCAGAGGAUGUUCACAAUCACAGCCAUUGCACAGCUCUGUAUUCUAGGCAUUACUUGGAUCUUUGGCUUGUUUCAGUUCAGCAAUCAAACUCUCGUCCUGUCUUACCUCUUCACCAUCUUUAACAGCCUACAGGGUCUCUUCAUCUUCCUCCUGCACUGCGUACUCAAAAAACAGGUGCGUGACGACUACUACCGCUGGUUGUGCCAGGGCAGACGUGGCAAGACCAAGAGUUCUGACAAGUACUCAGAGUUCAGUUCCACAUCCGGUUCCAACACGUUAAGGUCUCCCAAAACUUUGAAAGAAUCUGGAAUGUAACAAGAGUUUUCAGAAAUAACGAAUUCCAAGUGUGCUGCUUUGCAUAUAAACAUUUCCAGGGAAAAGAUGGACUGAAAACAGAACUGUUACCUGCUGAUAACAGACCUACUGCAAUAAGGAGACUGAAAUUGCCAGAAACCCAUGCAGGGAGCCAUCUAGCAAGCUCCGGAACUGGGCCCACCUUAAUCUUAUAUUGGUACAGGACUUCAUCAGACGUUCCCUUUUCUUUCAUGCUAAGGCUCUUCUCUUUUAAAGAGAGGAUCGUUUCUUUUUAAAAGGUACUCCUACAUGUAACACUUCCAUAAAAGGUCCUUACCGUGGACACUGGUUAGCCUUUUGCCUGGCUAUUUAUGCAUCAAAAUUUUGAAGCGAAUUUUGCAUAACAGGCAUGAUCUUUUUCAUCCAGUCUAUGGAUUGAUCUGAUGGCACUUCCCCUAAUGUUUAUUAAGUUGUUUUCAAGUAUAAACAUAUGAUUAUCUGCAGUACUCAUUAAGAGAGAUAGAAACAAGAGUGGUAAAUAUGCUAUAUCAAAGAGUGUUCAAGGAGUUAGGCAAAACAGGAAGGAUGCUGUAAUUUAGGACCGGACAAAGAACUUCACAUUAUUUUGCUUUGUGGUUAUAUUUGUCUAAAAGAUGAUAUAAAUUUUGAAUUCUGCCCAUAAAGCCAGGUCUAGAAGCUAUUUGAAUAGUCCUGCACAUAAAAAAUGUAUCUAAAUGUAGAAACAUAGCAUGGUGUAGGCAAAAUACAGACCUUUCAGAGUGGCCUUUUUUAAAAGGCCUUUUAUUUAUUUUUCAUAGAAAACUAAGCUUUCAUUUGUAACCUUGCACACUGAGCCAGGUUUAUUUAGAUAUAAGUAACCCUGUGUUAUAAAUCUGUUUAAAUUAUAGUUUGCUUCCAUUGCCUAAAGAUUUUAUAGUUCUGCUUCUUGGUGCAUUAAAUGUCUGCCAUGCUCAAAAUUCAGAUUCAGCUCAAAAGGCAGAUCUAAAUAAUCUAGCAUCUCAUGGGCUGCUUCAUAUCUGACACGUUUGAGUAGAAGCACAGAAAUAGAGAAAGAGUUUUCAUUUGAUGUUGUUUUACUGCUGUUCCCUGGAGUUCUGCAUGCGGUAACAAGACACAAUGACAAAAAUGGGUACAGGGUAUACAGCAAUCUCAGCUACAAGCAUGCAGGUAAUGCUGUUUAUUCAGACAAGUAGCAACUUGAGCCAGUGAAAAGGAAAAAGUUUUGGUGGGUUUUUUUUUUAUUACCUCGAUGAAACACCUCCAGGGAUCAGCAGAGCUUUGGUUAGAUUAGAAUGUUAAAAGCAAUAUCUCAAGAAGCGGGGAUGGAAAAACUCUUCCAUAUUCUUAUAAGAAAACAACACAAAUACAAAAUCUUCAGGAGUGAAGGAUGACUCAGUUUUCCUUUUU